CCCUAGUGGUUUUUCCUUGAGGAGCGAGUCCAUAUUAUUUUUCCAUGAUGAUACCUCCAAUGUUGAAAAAUGACCCAGGACCUUGAUCGAAUGAAGAAGUUGUGAAUUGCUUAUACCGAAGGCCUAAUGCAAUGUGUACGUUGAUUUGCUUUCCCUGGGCAGGAAGUGGCUCCAUUCAUUUUGCCAAAUGGGGCAACGACAUGCAGGACUCACUGGAAGUGCACUCCAUAAGGCUUGCUGGGAGAGAAAGUCGACUUGAAGAACCUUUUUCCAGUGAUAUCUGCCAAAUAGCUGAUGAAAUUGUUUGUGCCCUGCUGCCAGUCCUCCAGGAUAAACCAUUUGCAUUUUUUGGCCACAGUCUGGGAUCCUAUAUCGCUUUCAUGACAGCACUACACCUGAAGGAAAAACAUAAGCUAGAACCGAUGCAUCUCUUUGUGUCAAGUGCAUUUCCUCCUCAUUCUAUGGCCAGGCCUUACAUUCCCGAAGAAAACGAAGUGUCAGAAGAAGAACGUGUCUCUGGCAUUUUGGCUUUUGGAGGCACUUCCAAGACUUUUAUCAAUGAUAAAGAAUUUAAUCAACAGUACUAUCCCAGACUGGUGGCGGAUCUACAUAUUAUCAAAAAUUACACCUUUAAAGCACCAUCUGAGCCGGUUCUGUCAUGUGACUUAACAUGCUUUGUUGGAUCUGAAGAGAUAAUAGAGGAUUUAGAAGGCUGGAAAGAUUUAACCAGUGGAAGUUUUCGUAUGCAUGUGCUUCCAGGAAAUCACUUUCAUCUCAUGGAAGCUGCCAAUGAGACCUUCCUCAAGAACUACAUAACCAAGUGUCUAGAGAUAUCGAUGCUCGCCGGACUUUAGGUAGCCUUCCUUUCGGUUUUAAAACAAGUCGAAGUGAUGAUAUGAUACUUAUUCUGCCCCCAUCCUUAGAAAUAGUUCUUUAGUUUCAUUCAGAAAUUGGAAAGUUAUGCAUUUGCUACAUUACGGUGAUUUGUUAUAUAUAAAUGUAUUUCUCUGUGGGGCAUUUAUGUAUCUGGGGACAAAGGCAACAGGGCAGGCAUGCUUCUGGCAGGGUCCUUUGUCUGUAAUAGAAUCUCAUUUGAGUUUCAUCUGUGGGAAGUUAGUCAACAAAAUUCCUGCUUGGUAAAUGAUCUGCUUUUUCCUUCAUUUAUUUUAAUUAAGUGAAAUGGCACACAGGGGCAUGAUUGAAAUUAAAUUAAAUUAAAUGGUUUCAUCUGCACACUGGGACUCAAUGCUUGAUCUAAUCUUUUGAAAUAUAAGCUCAUCCCAUUGAAUAAGAAAAUGUAACCUAGUGCUCUGUUAAAACAAGAUAGUUCUAAACAACCAUUGCAGCUGUUCUGUUAAGUCCCAGGGUGCCUGGAAGUCCUGGUCAUCUUCUGAGGGGUUUCUCCUGCACUGGUUGCCCGUGGGCUCCGGGCGGCCCUGCUGCUGCCCAGGCAGUGACUGACGUUGGCGCAGGGGCAGUAUGGAGUGGCCAAGUACAGAUGCCACGUCCCUUAGGCUCCCUCAGCCUUGCUCUGUGACCAUAUGGCGUUGACAUGGGCAGGAAGCAGAACAGCUGGAGACACACAGGAGCUAAAAGGGAAACAGGCAGACACAGGGAAAAUGAGCUGAGUCGGAACAAAGAAGCCUACAAAUGGGGUCCACUGAUGCCGUUGAGGAGAAUGAAGAGGCACCAUGUCUCUGAGCCGUGUGGACCCUGCCGUCUCCUGCAAUUCCCACACUGUCUGUCUCUUGGGAUCCUAGCUAUUCUAUAGACAUCCUGAUUUCUUUAUUUCCCGUGGAUCUUCACAAUAAACUCUA